AAAGAUGAUAAAACUGACGGAGAUUAAGUACAAAGUUCUUCCUAAAAGACGAUGUGCUUUCCAAAGAUGAUUCCUUCCAUCGCUUUAUUCACUGCCUCACGCCGCUCCGCACAAAGAUGAGAAGAGAUAGAUGGAGGGGGGGAAGCGAGGAAACCACGAAAGGAAGCUCCUUUGACAGCUUUUGGUUGGUAAUGGCCCGUCAGGUAGGGGUUCUGUGAAGCCAUCAAGAUAAUGCCCUAAAAAUUACAUGCUUACAGAGCUCCGUUUGGCAUAAACUUGAGCUCAAGGCAGUUGGGCCACGUCUUCUGAUCACCACAAUGGAGGUGAUUCACUGUAGCGUGCUUGCAUCUGGUUUCUUGAUGGUCUUGCUUCUUCUGUUCCGAUUGUCGCAUUCAUCAGUUGAUGGUUUCUCGAAGGUGAGGGGCGUCAACUUGGGCGGGUGGCUGGUGGUGGAGGGAUGGAUCAAGCCUUCACUGUUUGAUGGAAUUCCCAACGGGGACAUGCUUGAUGGAACCCAAGUGCAACUGAAAUCAGUGGCCCUGCAGAAGUACGUCAGUGCAGCCGACGGAGGAGGCGGAAAUGUGACUAUCGACAGAGACGUCGCAUCAUCAUGGGAGACCUUCAAGCUAUGGCGAGUAUCUGAAGUAGAAUUUCAAUUUAGUUGCUUUGGAGGUCAAUUUUUAACAUCAAAUAAUGGAGGAAGUUCAAUUUCCGCAACAGCAGAUUCACCAGCCAUGAAUGAGACCUUUUACAUCGAAAGAAAUAAUACAAAGAUUCACAUCAAGCUUUUAAAUGGUAACUAUGUACAGGCAACAGUGAAUAACCAGCUCAAUGGGAAUCAUCAAGGUGAUCUAGGAUGGGAUGAUAAUGAAGCAACAUUUGAAAUGACAGUUGUUGCCAACAACUUGCAUGGAGAUUUUCAGCUUGCUAAUGGAUUUGGACACGAAAAGGCUCAAGAGGUCCUGACGAACCACAGAAACAACUUCAUUACUGCUGAAGAUUUUGCUUUCCUAUCUCGGCAUGGUAUCAAUACUGUUAGAAUUCCUGUUGGAUGGUGGAUUGCAAAAGAUCCUGAGCCACCAGCUCCUUUCAUUGGAGGAUCCUUAGCAGCUCUGGACAGAGCAUUUUCAUGGGCAAAGACUCAUGACCUGAAAUGCAUCAUUGAUCUUCAUGCUGCACCUGGUUCUCAGAAUGGGAUGGAACAUAGUGCCAGUCGAGAUGGUUCGGUAGAUUGGCCAACACCAGAUUACAUCUCACAAACACUGGAUGUGAUCGACUUCCUGUCAGCAAGGUAUGCAAAUCAUCCUGCUCUGUUAGGGAUUGAACUUUUAAAUGAGCCUUCUGCAGCUGCAGUUCCAUUUGAUGUUUUAGUUUCUUAUUACACAAGAGGGUACCAUAUUGUUCGGAACUACUCUUCAACAGUUUAUGUUAUAGUCUGUCAAAGAAUAGGAAAUGCAGAUCCGAUGGAGCUUUAUCAGGCAAAUAUUGGAGUUUCAAAUAUUGUUGUUGACUUGCACUAUUAUAAUCUCUUUGAUCCAUAUUUUAGCAACAUGAACGCAACAGAGAAUAUUCAAUACAUAUAUGACAAGAGAGUGCCACAAUUGCAGUCACUGAACAGUGCAAAUGGACCUCUUGUCUACGUUGGUGAGUGGGUAAAUGAAUGGAAUGUGACAAAUGCCUCGCAGUCCCAAUAUCAGAUGUUUGGUAUGGCUCAAUUAGAUGCCUUUGAUGAUGCUUCUUUUGGUUGGUCUUACUGGACACUGAAGAAUGACAGAAUGCAUUGGGAUUUUGAGUGGAAUAUCAAAAACCAUUAUCUUCUUUUCGGAAGUUCAUCAAUCAAAAAGCCAAACAGUCUUCUGUUCCUUUCAUUGGUAUGUGCAGUAACGUUAUUGAACUAUCUCGUAUAGCAGAUUGAUUCUGUGAGCAAAGUUGGGAGACCCAACAGAAGAUAUGUCCCUUUGAGAGAAUCUCUUGUAAUUUUAGGAU